UCUGGUUAUAUUCUGGUUUCCAUCAGAUUGGAUGUUUAAAUGUUUUUCAUGAGUCCUGAUUUGGACAUCUUUUGCAGCGUGAUCCCGGACCUCCCAGCACUUUCUGUGCACUCACAUCAGGUGGGAGGUCGGGCCAGUAUAAAACCACAACCACAGGAGGAGACUCAGUCCGCUUCCAUGUUUUAAAAGUUCAGAAGAACUUUGAGGACUUUACAGAGUCGGCAGGCAGCUGCGUAACGGUGAGCGCGCGAGCCAAGACGCGCAAAAGUUGGAUCCCAAUAAGAGAACUGUAAAAGAAGACUCAUCUGCGAGGUUCGAGUCUUUUGGACUUUUGAGUGUCUGAACUCAGCUGGAGAUGGCAGAGGGAGACUUUUACACGAUGGGGAACCGGCAGCGGUUUCCUAGAGAUCCCUUUGGAGAGUCUCCGUUCGGGGACCAGCUUGCUUCCCGGUUUAUGGGCGAUGACUUUGGGAUGCCGCCUUUUCCCGAUGACCUGGCGUUGGAUUGGCCCGGGUGGGCUCGACCAGGCCGGCUGAGCACGCGCCUGGGCCCGUCGCCCUUCAGCGGCGGUUUACGCGCAGGUUUCCCCGCGCGCCAUUCCACGGGAGGCCCCGCGCUGUACACCAGCAGGUACGGAGAGCCGCCCUCCCGCAGCCCGCCCACCACCACCGGCGGGGAGCCCUGGAAGGUCUGCGUGAACGUCCACAGCUUCCGGGCGGCGGAGCUGAACGUCAAAACCAGAGACGGGUUCGUGGAGGUGUCAGGAAAACACGAAGAGAAGCAAGAGGAGGGAGGCAUCGUGACCAAGAACUUUACCAAGAAGAUCCAGAUCCCCGCAGAGGUGGACCCCCUGACGGUCUUCGCCUCCUUGUCGCCUGAGGGCGUCCUGAUCAUCGAGGCUCGGCAGACUCCUCCAUAUUACCUUUUUAGCAGCGAAAGCUCCCAGGGAGGUGACACGCGGGAGGAGGGGCAGGAGGAGGCCAUGGCCCCCGAGGCCCCCGAGGCCCCGGUGCUCUAAACAAACAUCCUCCAGACGUCAGACAGGAAAUGUGUCGCCUUUCAUCUUCGUGUUUCUGAAUAAUUAGAAUAAACGUGUAAAGGUUUUCAGGACAAUCGAGUCCGGUUUGUUAAAUUUGCACCAAGUCGUUUUUUAUUUAUUUAGAAGCAGGGAAGCCUCGGCUCGUCCCGCUGACUUGAGCUUUAUUACUAUAAACUUUAAUGUUCUUAACAUCAUAUUUGUCCAAUAAAUGUGAGAUUUUGUUGCUCAAGUGGACGAAAAAAGGCCAAAACAAAAGAAAAAGUCUGUUUGUUUUCAUUUAUGGAAAGAAUCAGGAUUUUGUUUCACGUCCCUUAAUCUUUGAGAAGUUUUCCAAAAUAAUUCUUUUUUUUUUUAAUAAACAAAUAAUUAAGCCAUCUAAUAGAUGGAAACUAUGAUUCACUGAACUAGUAUUUAAACACUGCAGACAGUUUGCACAUUUAUCUUUUAAAACCAGUAUGGUGGAAUAAUAAUUAGCAUAAUGAAAUUCUCCAUUUUGCCUUUGCAAGCAAUAAACUGUUAGUGCUCAUCUAAUGAAUUCUCUUUAAAGUGCAAAUAAAUUCAAUUAUGAUUUAAUGAAUGCAGCAUCACUAAAUUACUUCCAGUAGUUUUUGUUUUUCCUCAGAAAACCAACAUUAGAGUGUUUUUGAUUUGACCAUCGGGUCCUGAGACUCGACGCUGACCUGCUGUGACUCGACUCCACCAGCAGCCGACCUAAUCAGCCCUGAUUGUUACUGAUGAUGUUUACAAAUGCAAAACAGGGGAGGUGUUUAUUCAAAUCAGGUUUGAUUUACGCCGCGUACAGCUUAGCAGUCAUCAGGCAGCACGUCAUUAACAGGAAUUCAUCCGAAGUGAGAAACGCUUUUGUUCGUUUGUUUCUCUCGUCGUAAAAACGAGCGUGUGCAUUCAUGCUGCCAUGUAAAUAUACUUAAUGUGUGCAAAAAUAUAAUAAUUUGAAGUGUUCCACACUUUUGUAACUUAGAUUUUUUUUAUUAUUAUGUUAUUUGCAUGAUGUUGGAGUGCAGAGUCUCGUGUUUUUCUUGAUGCUUUUGUAUUGAUGAUGCAAUAAAAAUGUCGAGCCACCCCCGC